AUGUCGGACCCUGACGAACUCCAGGUUCCUCAAUUCGUCCACGUUCCAGACGACAACUUCUUCCAUUUCUCGCGCAAUCAAACGACGGUAGUCUGUAGUUCUGGGGAAUACGUUCUCAAAACGCCAUUUGAUUUCAAUGGUGAACGGGUGAUAAUUUGCGCCGAAACCCUUGAGAUUCCGGGAGAUAUAAAACUUCCAGGGAAGAGUAUUGAUAUUUGCUGCCAUACCCUCCGCAUCGGGUCUUCCACUCGGGUUAUAGAUGUCUCGGGCAACCCGGGUGAUCCAAAAGACCCAGAAACGAUAGGAAAUGGGUUGUCCGGAAGUACAGGCGGGGAUGCAGGAAGUAUCCGUCUCUACGUCCAGGCGAUGGACCCUGAAGUUGCCCAAAAUCUUAAACUGAAGGCGAACGGAGGCCGAGGCGGCUUAGGAGGGAAUACAUCUGCAAAGGACAAAUCUGGCGGAAAUGGAGGCGACGGGGGAAAUGGCGGCUUCAUAUGUUUCUCUUACGGGCACUUGACUCAAGUGAUUGCGGCAUCUAUUCACGAAGUAGAUUCCGCUUCCGGGUCCUGGGCAGACUCUAUUGCCAUGCUACAGGAUAAUAUUGUGCAGCCAUUAGCCUCUGCAGAGCCAGCAAUUGUAUCAGGGGAGGGACUGUCGAAUUUUAAGCUAUUGGCUGAGAAUGCGGAAUCUUUGCUUGAAGCCGCAAAGCUCCUCUCCCGUGCGCUUGAUGCCCUUUUAUCACCUGAACCAAACAAACCCCGUGAAGUUCCUUACGAAAUCGAAGAAGUUGUUACGAGUUACAAUGCACAUGUUCAAAGGCUAUUAUCUCUGCAAAUUGGCAAAGAGUCAGACGAGGACCCUAUUCAGUGCGGCAGUGCUGAAUCUCUCGACAAUGCCCGAAAAACAGUUGAAGCGUGGUUUGCGCCGGGUAGCGUAACGUCAGACGAAGACUUGACGAACGCAUUGCAGCUCGAAACGACUCCCAUUGAAUUGCCAUUUGCCGAGUUGAAGAAAAAUUUGAAACCGUUAUAUAACCUCGUGGUCGCAGCCAUGAGAAAGCAGCAACUUGAAAUUACAAAUACUGUGUGCAGCACGCGAGGAGGUACCGCUGGUGCAGGAGGCAACGGGCAUCAAACGGGCAUAAAUGUCGGAGAUCGGGGAAUCGAUGGAUCAGCCGGGCAGACCCAAAUCUUCCCGUUCUCUUUUGACGGAUCCCUCGAGACUCUCAACGUAAAUCACGCCUACGCCUUACCUGAACACCACCAGAUGAUUCUCAAUAGGGCAAACAGUUUGUAUUUCGCUACGGAUGGUAAAAGUCGGGGAAUGGCGCGACUUCUAUAUGAGAGGAUCGUCAACCGCCUCAAGUUCGUCCCACUUCUAUGGUCUACUGAGAAGGACGGAGUUCUUGAAGGAAAGGAUUCCAACUUGCUUGAUCAGUACAAAGACUUCCAAGACAAUCGCCAGAUCACCCUACAAAUUGCAGAUCAAUUGACUUCAAUUUAUUCCCGUGCAACCAGUAUGCUGAAUCAGAUCCUCAAGGGAAAGGACCUGUUUGGUUUUACGGAGGACUUUGCUCCGCGCCUGACAUAUGACUUUUAUUACAGCCGAAUCAAUUCACUGAUAGACUCUGUGAAAGAAUUCGAAACUAAAGAGAAGCUUUACAUGGACGCUCUGAAAAGCCAGGCAAAAGCUGCCGAUUCUCUGUCCGGCAGCGUCUCAAUGUUUGAGAGGAGAAGGGACCACGCUGAAAGCCGCAUCGGAAUUCUCCAGGAUUCGAACGGGCCACUGCAAACGGCGGCAUAUCAAAUCACUCAAUUCACCCCUUACUUGAAGGAGAAGCGGGUUGCGGUCAAAGAAGCAUUGAAUGUCGUAGCGGAAGAUAUCAAGAAUCGCCUCCAAGUCGAUGCGGGUAUGAUUAUUGACGCUUUUGCAACACUUGCAAUGGCCCCUUCUUGGUUUACCGCAGCUACCCAAGGGGCUAAUGUUGCCCAUAAAGCGUAUACCGAGAUAAAAGACUCCUCAGGGAUGAGUAUACACAAGGAUCAUGUCAUAACCGAAUUGGGUGAUGCCGGAAAGACUUUGUUUUCCCUAUCGGAUGCAUUCCAAAGCCGCAGCGACCAUUCUCUUGAACCUGACGAUCCUGGAGCUAUCAAGAUCAUGGCAGAGGCAGAUAAAAUUCAAGAUCUAUUGAAGAAAUUCAAAGACGCCAUUCCCGCCCAAAAAGGGGAUAAAUUGAAAGAAGAACUUGACGACUACAUGGAAUUAGUUAAAAACCGGAAUUCAGCCGUCAUGGACUACAACUCUGCUUUGGAGCUGCUUAACACUGCCCAUCAGGACAAAGCACUUUGCGAUAAGCAAAUGGAAACUCUGGGCGGCGAACAGCUCACUCUCAACGCAAAUUUGCCGAUAAUAUGUCUUUGGUUACGAAAGGCCCGCGAUGAUUUGAAAUUCGAUACUAUGCUACAUAUUGAUAUGGCAGCGCGCGCCGUAAAAUAUUGGGGACUGGUGGAUAUACCCCAGUUUCGAGGCGAUGGCCCCCUUUAUGAUUCUAGCGCACUCGAGAAAUGGGUUAAGGACGUUGAAAAAAAAUGGGUCCUUGCAAAGGAAAAAUAUUCUCACUUGGUCAAAUCGAAAUGGCCGUCAGAUGGGCACAUGGGGCCGGUGUAUCGCCUUACCGAGGGGGAGCUACUGACCUUGAAACAAUUCAGGGAGAGGAAAGACAGCCAGACAGGCGAGUCGGUUCAGAUCCACGGAGUGAUGAUAACAUUAAAGCCUCACAUGCUCGCCAACAGCAAAACCGAGCCAGAGGCAAAAUUAUUUCAUCUCAAGAACAACAUUCGCCUCAGCCAGGUUCGAUUCUGGGUCGUGGGCCUAAAGGUAGGGGAAAACGAUUUGAAACAAGAAUUGGUCUCUGUCCAGAUCACGAUGAUGGGCAACGAGCAAAUUAUCGACGAGCAGAAGAAAGUGUGGCGAUUUUCAUCUCAGCCUAUGCGGCUCGAUUUCGAGUAUGAGAAUCGUGACAUUAAGGAUCUCACGGAUUGUACUCAAAACCGAGCACUCAGUUCCCAGAUGCUUGGGUAUUUGAACGCUGGAGAUCCGGAUUCAAAGGCCGAAGCAGCCAUUGGACCUUUUGCAACUUGGAGGUUCGAAAUUGAAAAGACUCGAGGGUUAGAUAUGGAGAGUAUCCAGGAUGCAUAUGUCGAGUUUUGUGGCGUGAGCAGGCCUUUCAGUUAG